AUGCCCCGCCCUAAACCCAUCGCGAGCAGCAUUUUACCAGGACAGUUCACCGUGACAGGCGGGCUUCGAGCAGUUGUCAACGGCGCCCGGUCCCUGCCGAAGAUCAAGGCGAACCUGGUAAUGAGUGAAGACAGUCGUACAAGCAGCAAGAAGAAGUUCAUAGUCGCCGAGCGGAUUUUGGGCACGGCGAACUGGUUCAAAGUCAAGAACGGCUACGGCUUCAUCAAUCGGAACGACACCGGGGAGGACAUCUUAGUCCAUCACACGGCGAUCACGCGCAACAAUCGGCAGACGUGGUGGCGCAAGCGAGAAAGUUGA